GCGCCUCCAGCAUACGGCGAGCUUCAUAACCAGUUGAACCUCUCACAGGCGGGGUUCAAUGCCAACGCCUCCAUUACAGACGAUGGCCGUAUUCGCAUCAAUAUCAACCAGACCGAUGGCACGCUGGCUGAUCUCCUGGCUCCGGCCCUUAUACGAAGCCAGGCUCUUCCCUCUGAGAAGUCUUCAGAGCCGCUCCCGCCAGCAUACAUCCCGCCCAGCCUCGGUGGCCGGCCUGGACAGGAGCCCCCUCCGAAGCUGAACGUGGUGAUUCAGAUCGUUGGCUCGCGCGGUGAUGUCCAACCCUUUGUGGCCUUGGGCAAGGUGUUGAAGGACACAUAUGGCCACCGCGUUCGCGUCGCCACCCAUCCUGUGUUCCGGACCUUUGUGGAGGAGAACGGCCUCGAGUUCUUCUCCAUCGGCGGGGACCCGGCCGAGCUCAUGGCCUUCAUGGUGAAGCACCCAGGGCUCAUGCCGGGCUUUGACGCGGUCAAGAGCGGCGAGAUCGCCAAGCGGCGGAGGGGCAUAGAGCAGAUCGUGCUGGGCUGCUGGCGGAGCUGCGUUGAGGCGGGCGACGGCCUGGGUCCGCCACCAGAGCCGCACCAGAGCGGCGAGCCCCUGAGCUCCUUCACGAAUGGCGACUAUACCUUGCCUGGCGACACUGGCAGCAAGCCCUUUGUGGCCGACGCCAUCAUCGCGAAUCCGCCCAGCUUCGCACACAUCCACAUCGCCGAGAAGAUGGGCAUUCCCCUUCACAUGAUGUUCACCAUGCCUUGGACGGCUACCAAGGCGUUCCCUCACCCGCUGGCCAACAUCGAGAGCUCCAACGCCGAGGUAGUCAUGACCAACUGCGUCUCGUACGCCAUGGUUGAGAUGAUGACCUGGCAGGGGCUGGGCGAUGUCAUCAACCGCUUCAGGACCAAAGUGCUGGACCUGGAGCCGCUGAGCCUGAUCUGGGCGCCGGGCCUGCUGACCAGGCUUCAGAUUCCCACCACGUACUGCUGGAGCCCGGCCCUGAUCCCCAAGCCCACCGACUGGGGCCGGGAGAUCAGCAUCUCGGGCUUUUACUUCCUCGAUCUGGCCACCUCGUACACGCCCGCCCCAGACCUGGCUGCCUUCCUUGAUGCCGGCCCGCCCCCCAUCUACAUCGGCUUUGGAUCCAUCGUCGUCGACGACCCCAACAAGCUCACGCGCAUGAUCUUCGAUGCCGUCACCAUCGCGGGUGUGCGCGCCCUCGUGUCCCAAGGGUGGGGCGGGCUGGGCGCCGACUCGGUGGGCAUCCCAGACGGCGUCUUCAUGCUCGGUAACUGCCCUCACGACUGGCUCUUCAAGAAGGUCUCGUGCGUGGUGCACCACGGAGGCGCAGGCACCACAGCUGCGGGAAUCAAAACGGGCACACCCACCGUCGUUGUGCCAUUCUUUGGUGACCAGCCCUUCUGGGGCAGCAUGAUCGCCCAGGCUGGCGCAGGGCCCAAGCCCGUCCGGUACAAAGACCUGACCGCCGAGAUCCUGGCCGAGAUGAUCACCUCUGCACUGCAGCCCGAGACGCAGGCGCGAGCCAAAGAGCUGGGUGAGAGGAUCAGGGCCGAAAAGGGAGCCGACGUCGGGGCCAAGAGUUUCCACGACUUUCUGGACUAUGACAAGCUGCGGUGUUCUGUCGCCCCGAGCCGCAUCGCCGUGUGGAGGGUCAGGAGGACACAGGUGCGGCUGAGCGGGCUGGCCGCUGCAGUGCUGGUGAAGGAGGGGUUGUUGCAAUAUACGGACCUCAAAUUGUAUCGCCCUAAUGAGUACAGCACGGAACAACAGCCCUGGGACCCCAUCACGGCCGUCACAAGCGCCCUCGUCGGUGAUGUGGGCACCAUGGCGCUGGCUAUCCAGGACAUACCGGGGCCUUGGAUGAAGAUGGCCAAGAAAUCACAGUCUGGGACGCCACCGCCUACCACCACCAGCGGCGGCGGCAAGAGCGAAGAGGCGGCGACCUCGAGUACGUCACACGACGGCGCGUCGACCACCACCCUGACGCAGACAACCGACGUUUCUAGCCAGCUGCUGACCCCCUCCACCUCAGGCCGAGACGGUAGCAGCACGCCAGAAAUCCUCCAGCCCAGCACGUCGGCGACGGGCUCCUCCAACUCUCGCUCCGGAUCCAAACCGCUCCCUCGUCAAAAGUCCAACUUCGAUGUCGAGGGCGCGCUGGACGCCUCGAUCGAGACGGGCAAGGGCGUGCAGCGCCUUGUGGAGACGGGCAUGAAGACGCCCAUGAACUUUUGCCUGGGGUUGGCCAAGGGUUUCCGGAAUGCGCCCCGGCUUUACAACGACGAUACCGUGCGGAAGCAAGAGAAGGUGACGGGCCUGGCCAGCGGGGUCAUGGUCGCUGGGAAAGAGUUUGGGCUGGGCCUGUUUGACGGCAUCACGGGGCUGGUGACGCAGCCUCUACGCGGGGCGGAGAAGGAUGGGGCGAAAGGUCUGAUCUCAGGCUUUGGGAAGGGGAUUGGGGGAAUUGUCUUUAAGCCGGCUGCUGGCGUCUGGGCCGUUCCCGCCUACUUGAUGAAGGGUGUGCACGCCGAAUUCCGCGCCAAAUUCCACAAGAGCGUCGAGAACUACAUCAUUGUCUCGCGCAUCCUGCAGGGACAGGACGACCAACGCCACGCCAAUCCACAGGAGCAAAACGACAUCGUGCUGCGAUUCAACAGCCUCAAGGACGAGAUGAAGGGCUUUCAAUUGCUCAAGUCCAAGGGAAAGCAGGCCGCAUCAUCGUCAGCACCAACACAAGCACAAGACAGGGACAGCCACAGGGAAGACAACGACAGCACUGUCCCGGACGCUCCACCUAAGACGGGCUUCCUGGCCACACGACACCUACCCAUCGAGGAGCGGAGGAGGCUUCACGCGCUCAAGGAUGCCUGGAAAAAGAAUAAGGACAAGGCCGACGCCUCUUCCUCCUCCUCCGUUGCGCCUCCACCAGCAGGCAGCCCCGAAUCCGAAGACGAGGAAAUAGAGCGCGCCAUUCGCGAGUCCAUCGCCCAGACGUCCCGUGGCGACCAUGCCGAGGACUUGGCUGUCGAGUCGCAAAUGCGUGCGAGUCUCAGGGAGAUGAAGCGCAUCGCAGGAGGAAAGCAGGGGCAGGGUGGUCAGGAGAAGGGGGCGGCGACGGGGCAGCAGCCGCCCGCCUUCCCGGAGAGGGUGGCGCAGAAGGCGGCGGAGGCAGGGAUGAAUGAGGACAUUUCGGAGGAGGAGUUUCAGGCGCUCAUUGCUGAGGCUGUGCGGCAGAGCGUCACGGCUGAACAGCAGCGUGGGACUGCUGGUGAUAACGGCGAUGUCGAGGACGAAGAGGACGAGGAAUUCCGUAGAGCGCUAGAGGAGUCACGACGGGGCAACAGCGCGGGUGUGGGACAUGGAGGCGGCGACGACGACGAAGAGCUAAAGAGGGCGGUGGAGGAGUCGGAGCGGGCGCAUAGGGAGCACCUCGCGCGCAAUUCGACGGAGCGGAGCGAGGAGGAGAUUGUUAUGGAGUAUGUCAAGAAGCAGAGCCUCGCCGAGGAGGCGCUCCGCCAGAAGGCGGCCAGGGGCAAGGACAAUGCCGCGGCCACAUCUCGUGGUGGAGAGGAUGAAGACGAUGAUGAGGAUUUAAAGAGGGCUAUGGAGGAGAGCUUGCGCAUGAGUGGUAGGACGGGUGGUCCCUCUGGC